CUUUUGAAAUUUCCUGGGGAUGAGAAUACCUUCUGACCUUUUCCUUGACGAUAUAGUGCCUCACGAGACUAUUCAGAUCUAAGAGUCACUGAGAAGCAAAAGAAGCAGUAACUGAUAUUAACAGAUUUUUUAUAAUGAGAAUAUCAACAGUUAACGGCAACUCAGCCAAUAAAAAAAGGCUUCUCUCCAGUUCUCCACGGACUCAUCGCUCUUUAGGUCCUUCCGCUGUGGGAGGCGUUAAACCUAGGUGACCCUUGCCCCCAACCCCAGUUGGAUGCUCUAUCUCGGUGGCCGCCCCUGAGGCAACAUGUUCAAGGUCGUGCGGUGGUCACUUGCUUCUGCCAGCCUGAGCCUUCUGUCCUUCAGCGUCCAUGCAAAGAAAGAGGACGGUUCUCCAGUCAGAGUUGAUGAACUUUCUCUCUACUCAGUUCCAAACUUUGACUCCAAAUUUGUCAAGGAACCACGAAGCUCCUUGGAGGAAGGUAUCUAUAGACUUAGAACAGCUGUUGAAUCGUAUGCGUCUAUGUUUCAGGCUGUUUACAAUAAAAGGAAGCCCACAGGGGAUGAUGGCAUUCAACAGGGAACAGGGAGUAGCAAUGAUUUUCAAAAGUCACCACCGCAAAUUUUGAAAAAGCUCAGUGUGAUUGGUUUUUCUGGAGUCUUGGGAUACUUUUUUGCUAGACCUUCAAAAUUAAAGAAACUCGUGUAUCCAAUGGGUUUCAUGGGCAUUACUUCGUCUUUCUAUCAUCCACAAGAGGCUUGCAAUAUUGCAGCAUUCUUUGGGGAGAAAUUAUAUGAUUGGAGUUUGAUAGUCUUCAAGAACCUACAAGAUACGUUUAAGGUAUACUUUCAAAAUAAUAUAAACCAGGAGAAGAUUGAAAACUGGAAGGAUUCAAGUAAACAAAAAAAGAAAUAGGAUGGUACUAGUGCUGUCCAUUUUCAACAGAUGUACUCUUGCAAUUUCAUGAGGAAAACAGUAUUUUGAACAGAUUGAAAAAGAUACCAGAAAUGUUGAUGUUGAAUGCAAUAAAAGCUAUGCUUGUCCUGUU